CACUUGCUUUCUUUUUUUACUUGCUGAGAGAAAUACAAUGAUGGUACUUAAGGCAGAACUGUGAAAACCUUUAAUUUAUCAGCGAUGAUAAGGAAAUGGUAGUGAUCACUAUUCUCCGCUUAGGCACGGUACGAUUUAUCUGCAUGUUUUCAUGCAUUUCUGGUGCAUGAAGAGACGAGAAAAACGUGGCUUACAAAUAUUCGAGGAGAUACAUUUUACAGUGACUGAACACACCAAAGUCUGCAGUCGGCAUUUUGUUAAGAAAUACCUAACUGAGCCAACACCAGGAGGCCGCAUCAGGCGCUGUUCCAGUUCUGUUUCACUGGAAUCAGUAUCCUUGUCUGUUGGUCUCCAAGGGUUUGCAGGCUGUGACGUGUUCAUCUGGUUGUACACACGGUGUUCUGAAAAACAGCGAAUUGAGGACCUGAAUGUUCAUUGUUCACAUUGGUGUUUGAAAUGGCCGAUAUUGCUGAGAUAUUGCAGGAGUUGGACUCCAUUGAGAAUGAACUGAAGGCAGUGGAGCUACAGAUUAGUGAUCUUCAGGAACGUCAGAGGGAACUGAAUGCCAGCAAGGACCGGUUGCAGAAGAAGCUGAAACAGUGCACCAAGGAUGCAGGGCCAAGCAAAAAGGAAGAGGUGGACUUGCAAAGCUUCACUAAGCAAGAUUUCCCUUGGUCCAAGAAGGUUCAGAAAGCUCUCGAAAUGUUCAAACUCUCCGCAUUCCGGCCCCUGCAGCUUGAGACCAUCAACAUCACCAUGUCUGGGAGGGACAUGUUUCUGAUCAUGCCCACCGGAGGAGGGAAGAGUCUGUGCUACCAGCUGCCAGCGGGCUGCUCCGAGGGGUUUACCUUGGUAAUUGCUCCACUGGUUUCUUUGAUGGAGGACCAGCUUAUGAGUUUGGAGAAGUUAGGGAUUUCAGCAGCCACGAUUAAUGCAUCUAGCUCAAAGGAACAUGUUAAAUCAGUUCAGAGUGCGAUGCUUGACAAGACGUCCGAUAUGAAACUGCUUUACGUCACCCCGGAGAAAAUUGCUAAAAGCAAAAUGUUCAUGUCCAAGCUGGAAAAAGCUUACCAUGCUGGCCGGCUGACACGCAUUGCAGUGGAUGAGGUGCACUGUUGCAGCCAGUGGGGACAUGACUUCAGACCAGACUACAAGGUCCUUGGUAUCCUGAAACGACAGUUCCCAAGCGUUCCUUUGAUCGGACUGACUGCGACUGCCACCAAGAGCGUGCUCAAGGACUGCGAGGAAAUCCUGUGCCUCAAAGAUACCAUUACGCUGUCUGCCUCGUUCAAUAGGCCUAACCUUUAUUAUGAGGUACGUCUGAAACCGUCAAGCACUGAAGAUUUCACUGAAGACAUUGUGAAAUUAAUCAAUAAGAGAUACAAAGAUCAGUCAGGUAUCAUUUACUGCUUUUCCCAGAAGGACUCCGAGUACGUCUCUGUAAAUCUGCAGAAAAUGGGAAUAAAGGCCAAGCCUUACCAUGCCAACAUGGAAGCAACUGAGAAGUCUAGUGUGCAUAACAAGUGGACUGAGAACAAACUCCAGGUUGUGGUGGCAACAGUAGCCUUUGGAAUGGGGAUUGAUAAGCCUAACGUGAGGUUUGUUAUUCAUCAUACAAUGAGCAAAUCUAUGGAGAAUUACUACCAGGAGAGCGGCCGUGCAGGUCGCGAUGACCGGAAUGCGGAUUGCAUUUUGUACUACAGUUUUGUAGACAUCUUUAAAGUAAGUUCAAUGGUCGUAAUGGAGAAAGUUGGUCAACAGAAGCUCUACCAAAUGGUGUCCUACUGCCAGGAUGCAACUAGGUGUCGCCGCGUGCUGAUAGCAAAGCAUUUUGAUGAAGUGUGGGAUACAAAGCAUUGCAACAAGAUGUGUGAUCAAUGCCGUCAUAAUCCAUCCUCGGAGUCGGUGGACGUGGCAGACCACUGCAGGGACCUUCUUCAGAUCCUACAGCAGGCUCAGCAGAUGGAUGAGAAGCUGACUCCGCUGAAGACCAUCGAUUCCUGGAUGGGGAAGGGAGCUGCCAAGCACAGGGUCCUGUGCGUGCCUCCGUCCAGCCUCCCCAGACUGGAGAUGGAGAUGGUCAUCACUUACCUGCUGGUGCAGCAGUAUCUCAGACAGGAUUUUAGCUUUACUCCAUAUACUACAAUUUCCUACAUCAAAUUGGGCCCGAAGGCUGGUCUGCUGAAGAACGAGAAGCACAAGAUCAUGAUGCAAAUGAAGAAGUUCACAAGCAUUGAUCCAGUAAAGUCCUCUAUGGAUUCCAAGACACAGUCUGCCCAUACAAGCGCACAAGGAGGAGGAGGAGGUAUAAAUAGUGCAGGAAUAAAGAAGGAUGGGGGGCAGCGGAAAAGAUCUCUUCCUGAUGACGGCUGGGAAUCCAAGAAAAUCAAGAAAGUGAUUGAUUGAGUCUUCCAGGAGAACAAGAAAACAGGAGGAUGUAUUGCCACCGAUAUCUGAGGCUGAGAGCUCUCCUACAUUAGCUAUUAGGGACAACCCCUCUGUACAAAAGAGAAAAAAAUCAACAAAGAAAACAAGAAACCUGCAGCGUGACCAAGCUGGACAAUGUA